GAGAGAUAGAGAGAGAGAACUUCUUAACCCACCCCUUCAAAGCCGCUGUACUACCAGUGGUCCUGUCAGAGUGGGAUAUGAGAGCAGGGCGGCGAUGACAACUGGCCACUUGGACUCCUAGACCACCUCAUAUCGACUGCAACACCUCUCACGUUCACUUAUUUCUCACUCUCACACACACACACACACACACACACACACACACACACACGCACACAAAACCCUCCUUCCAUUAACCACCGUGGACUGGGAAUGGAUUCCAGGCUGCUGAUUGGACCGGGGAUCCCCACACUGGACCCGGCCGCCCGGGCAUCCUGGAACAUCAGCUCCAUCAGUCCGCAGCGGCUGAUGGAGCUGGCGCCAGUCGCUACAACUGGUUCUGUAGUUCCAAGCCACCCAUUUCCAACAGUCGACGUCCCAGACCACGCUCAUUACACCAUUGGUGUUGUCAUCCUGGCCGUGGGCAUCACUGGCAUGCUGGGAAACUUCCUGGUCAUAUAUGCCUUCUGCAGGAGCCGGAGCUUGCGGACACCAUCCAACAUUUUCAUCAUUAACCUGGCAGUCACAGACUUCCUCAUGUGUCUCACCCAGACGCCCAUCUUCUUCAUCACCAGCAUGCACAAACGAUGGAUCUUUGGAAAAAAAGGUUGUGAGUUGUAUGCCUUCUGCGGAGCUCUGUUUGGUAUCUGCAGCAUGAUGACACUGAUGGUGAUUGCGGUGGACCGGUACGUGGUGAUCACCAGGCCUCUGGCCUCCUUGGGAGUGAUGUCUCGCAGGAAAGCCCUGAGCAUUGUGGCUGUUGCCUGGAUCUACUCCAUGGGCUGGAGCCUACCCCCCUUCUUUGGCUGGAGUGCCUAUGUCCCAGAGGGUCUGAUGACGUCUUGCUCCUGGGACUACAUGACAUUCACCCCUUCCGUCCGCUCCUACACCAUGCUGCUAUUUACCUUCGUCUUCUUCAUCCCUCUCUUCAUCAUCAUCUUCUGCUACUGCUGCAUCUUCAGAGCCAUCCGACACACAACACGAGCGAUAACAAAGAUCAACUGUGAGGGAAACAGAGACUCUGCAAAGAGGUUCCAUAAGAUGAGGAGCGAAUGGAAGAUGGCCAAGAUUGCACUCAUCGUCAUCCUGCUGUUUGUCAUCUCCUGGGCUCCUUACUCCUGUGCAGCCCUCACUGCAUUCGCUGGGUACGCUGACAUGUUGACUCCCUAUAUGAACUCUGUUCCUGCUGUGAUUGCCAAAGCAUCUGCUAUCCACAACCCCAUCAUAUACGCUAUUACACAUCCGAAAUACAGGUCGGCACUCAGCAGGUACAUUCCCUACCUCGGGGCGUUGCUGCGCAUCACUGGCAGAGAACGUUUCAGCAGCAGCAGCUUCCAGUCUACCCGCCGAUCAACUCUCACCAGCCAAUCAGAGACCAAAGGCCCCAGCAAGCCCCGAAACUCCUCCCAGUCUGAGAGCGAAUCAGCCCGCUUCUCGGACACUGAGGAGGAUUGCUCCUCUCGGACGCCUGUCACUUGUCAGUUGUCAAAUGAUGUAAAACAGGUGCGCUGUGCCAGCCAGAGGUUAAAGGUGAGAGGUUACAACACAGGAGAGUUUGAGAGGACUGCUGCCCACAACCCCACCGACCUGGCCAUAUGCCACCUCUCACAGAUCAUUAUGGAUAACAUGGUGGAGGAGUCGGGGCCAAGGACUGUGUGUAAACCAACAUCAUCUGUCAUUGUCACCUCCAUAUCCAGCCCGUCUAUACUGCAUAGUCCCCCAGGUUUUCAUGGCAACCAGAAAUUCACCAAAGCUUACAUCCCUGUUGCUAAGGAGCCCCUUGAUGUAGCCAGGCUGGAGACAACAGCAUUACAAUGAACUGCUGGACAAAAGUGCAAUGAGAGAGUGUAAUCGUGUGUUUAUGUGUGGGAGUGUGUUUCAAUAUUUCCCUUCAUUGAUAUCAGCAAGACCAAGCUAACCGUCACAGUAGGGAACCUCCUUGGAGAUGCAUUAUGGGGAAUGUACAAUCACCUAAUAAUAAGUGUCUUAAGGAAACAGGGUUAAUACAGAGAAAAUUGUUUUGUUUUUUUCUGCGAAUCUGAUGCUCCGCUCUCCAGUCCAGUAGGUUGCGGUAAAGCACCUGCAAGCUGAUUGCCAACCGCCAAUCAAAACAAGAGAACAAGAUUUCCCCUCAUGGGACUUGCUAAUUGCAUCCACACAAUGUGAAAUGUCAAAGUAAACAAGUAACAGGUGAAGAAAGUCAAAUAUUCAAACAGAGAGAGACAGAUGCUUUUCUCAGGAGCUGGUGGAUGAAGCUAUGAGCUGAAGUGACAGUGGAAACUGGGUGUACAUUCAACAGAUGAUAAGUAGGCAGGAGUUUGCCUAUGCUUUUGUUUAUGGAGGACCAGGGAUGUCAUAAUUUAAUUUAAUAUUUUAAUUGGCAUUAAAAAUAGGAAUCGUAAAAAGAAUUUGUAAAUGAAAAACUAUUUGAAAAGGCAUUUUAAAAAUGGGAAUACAUACAUUUCCUUUUUCAAGCAGCUUUUUCUUUUCCUAUUAGCUAAUCGAUUCAUUUAGUCAUUUAGCUUCUCCUUUUAGCCUCUCCAUGUAGCCUUUCUGUGACACUUUGGGCCUUCAGUGCUGGUAAAACCAGGCUAAACAAUACCAAUUAGCCAUGGGACAUAACAAGCUCUCUGAUUGGUUUGAGAGCUAACCAGCCAUAUCAUAUCCGGUUUUGAAAUAUGAAAUUAAUGAAAUAUUUUAUUACUUUAGCUUUAACAUCCCUGGUCCUCCAUAUUUGUUUGUCAUAUAUGAAAUAUGUUCAGCAGUCCACCUGUGUAGAUUUUUUCUUUUGUAUAUUUUUGUAUUUAUUAUUGGAAAAUAUUAGACUGCUUGGAAAUCUGCUGAAAGUUCAGAUUGAUUGGCAUGUCUUUCGCGGGUGGUGUAUUCAAAUAAAAAAUAUGGCAUAAAUACUUCAUGCAUCUUUAAUAUGAGGUGUUUUACUUCAAAACUGGGUAAUCAGACAAACAGAUCUUUAAAUGCAACAGGACAGGAAAGCAUGCAGCCAAUUCUGUUUCCCCUCUGGCUCUUUGUCAAUGAUUUUUCCAGUCCCGGUGACAUGAGUACCACAGAUCGGACAGAUCAGGUCACAAAAGUGUCACAACACCACAGUACAUCGCCCAGUACUGUGUAUGAGUAUGUGAGUGUGAGAGUGUGUGUAGAAGAACUGGACUCAGUACUGUAAUUCAGCAUUCCUCUUGAUGCCAUACCUUGCUAUGAUAUCUACUAUUACAGUAGCUAUACAGGAGACAGUGUGCUAAAUGACACUGUUUUUUUUAAAAGUGUGGUUUCAGGAUCGUUAUCAUAGACUUCGUCAUAGACAGAUAUACAGAAACUGUGUUUCACCAUCUUUUCCAUUUUUUCCUCCACCUCUGCGUUACGGUUCCCUUUUGAGAUUGCUAAAAUUCCUGCAUCAUUGACUAUGAUUGUAAUAAUUGUUCUCUUCAAAUGUAGAAAUAAAUCUGACACAUGCUGUCAUUUUUUAUGUUUGUUAAAUCAUAAACAGUUAAGUUAAAGAUUAAAAUCUUAUUUAAUGAGGCAAGAAAGGUUGAUACUCUUGCUCAUUUUUCCCCGAAUUUCCAUCAAUGAAUGUACAAAAUUACAUGUUUAAAAUGUCAUGGAUACAAUUUUUGGCAUUAUAACAAAACAAAACAUUUUAUUUUAUAUAUAUAUAUAUAAAUGUAUAAAAUUAUAUAUAAAUAUACUAUCCCAUUCACAUGAAUGGGGAUAUAUAAAAUUAAAAUUUUGCUCUAAUGAAGUGAUGGUUUCAUGUUGAUUUUGUUUUCUUUGUACAAAAUGUUGUGUGUUGUUUUUAUUUAUUUUUCUAAAUAAAAUUGUUGCUGAAUCCUGCAUGAUUUCCGGGCAUUUCUCCAGCUAGCCAAUUAUUAAGUGAGGAGACUGCGACUAGUGAUGAUUUUCAUUAUGGAUUCAUUUGAUGAUUAUUUUCUAUAUAAUGUCAACACAAAAGAUUUAC